ACUGACUACGAUGCAGAAAGACGCCGAUGGAUUCAUUACUGGAGUACCAGAGGCCGGACCAGCAGAAGAAGCCGCCUCACCCAAAGGCGCUAACAGCGACCUCAUAAACUCGACAUUUGAGGUUACCGUCACCCUUGCCGACCAGCAAGGAGACCCAAAUUCGCCCCUCUACAGUGCGAAGACCUUUGAAGAACUUGGACUCCACCGGGAUCUCCUCAAGGGUCUCUUCCAAAUGGGAUUCAGCAAACCAUCAAAAAUCCAAGAACGCGCUCUACCGCUCCUGCUAUCCAACCCACCGACCAAUAUGAUCGGCCAAUCACAGUCUGGGACAGGCAAAACAGCUGCAUUCGUCCUCACCAUGCUUUCACGCGUCGACUUCUCCAAAAACCAAACCCAAGCCCUGUGUCUAGCGCCAUCUCGCGAGUUGGCGCGUCAAAUCAUGUCUGUCAUUCUUGUCAUGGGUAAAUUCACCGCCAUCCAGACCGAAUAUGCCAUCAAAGACCAUCUACCAAGGGGUGCAACACGUGUCACCGCACACAUCGUCGUUGGCACCGCUGGGACGAUGAUUGAAUUGAUCCGGAAGAAGGUCAUCGAUGUGUCGGGUAUCAAGGUCUUUGUUUUGGAUGAGGCCGAUAACAUGUUGGAUCAGGAUGGUCUAGGGGAUCAGACACUACGAGUGAAAAACAUGCUUCCCCGGAGUCCAACAAAUCCAAUUCAAAUCAUCCUUUUCUCAGCAACCUUCCCUGAUCACGUCCGUAACUUUGCGUCCAAGUUCGCUCCCAACGCAAACAAGAUUGAGCUACGGAAAGAAGAGCUCAAUGUAGACAACAUCAAGCAAUUCUAUAUGGACUGUCGGGACGAAGAGCACAAAUAUGAUAUUCUCGUUAGUCUGUACUCCUUAUUGACAGUGGGCCAAAGUAUUAUCUUCUGUCAACACCGGCAUACGGCAGAUCGGAUAUCAAAGCGGAUGACCGCGGAGGGACACAAGGUUGCGUCUCUACAUGGUGCUAAGGAUGCCGGGGAACGUGACGCAAUUAUCGAUGGAUUCCGUGAUGGCAAAGACAAGGUCUUGAUUACGACCAAUGUCAUCGCCCGAGGCAUCGAUAUAUUGCAGGUGAACAUGGUCGUUAACUACGACCUGCCUCUCAUGGCCGACCGGGGGUCAAACAAGACACAGGGUGAUCUGAGUCCCGAUAUUGAGACGUAUAUUCAUCGAAUCGGUCGAACUGGCCGAUUUGGACGCAAGGGUGUCUCCAUCAACUUUGUCCACGAUAAAAAGACAUGGAACCAGAUGGAGACAAUUGAAAAAGCUAUUGGGAAGAAGAUUACGAGGAUUGAAACAAACGAUCUUGAGGUCAUGGAGGAGAAUAUGAAAAAGGCUCUGAAGUAG